GCCGAGAGGAAAUGCCAAAAUAAGAGAAAUUACCUAUUUUUCUUCCCUUCAAAAAUUGAAUAUUUCUACGGAUUGUAAAUUCUUUAGUCAGUUAUUGGCCAGUGAUAUGUGGCAAUAGAGUAACAAUCAAGAUUGGAGGGACUAUUUUUCGUCGUACGUUCGCCAUUUACAUCCUCCUGAACAGAUUCCCUGGUGGACUCUCUGCGCGACGCUACAGUUACGUCUAUCCCAUCAGAGUUAUCAAAUAUUUGAUAUAAACAAGGGACUACUUACGGAUAAAUCCGUCUCAUCCUUACAGUAGAAUCAUGGCAUUCCGAGACAGAGAUCGUAAUGACCGUUCUCGUGGCGGUGGUAACCGCAGUUCAGGGCCAUCAGGAUCUCGAUAUGGCAAUCGUGACCAGAACUCCCGCUUUUCAAACAAUCGCGACAACUCUUCCUUCAGCAGUAACUCCUUCAAGAAUCGUCAGCCAGGUGAACGUCUUCGCAAACCACGCUGGGACAUGAACAGUCUCCAACCCUUCUCCAAGGACUUCUACCGACCUCACCCCAACGUCGUAGGCAGAAGCCCUCAUGCAGUUGAGGCAUAUCGUUCAGCGAAAGAGAUCACAGUUAAGGGAACUGGUGUCCCAAACCCAAAUAUUUAUUUCGAGGAAGGAGGCUUUCCAGAUUACGUUCUGACUGAGAUCAGGAGACAAGGUUUCGGAGAACCCACAGCUAUUCAAGCCCAAGGCUGGCCAAUAGCUCUUUCUGGUCGAGAUAUGGUGGGCAUUGCACAGACCGGCUCGGGGAAGACCCUCGCCUACAUACUUCCAGCAAUUGUCCACAUAAAUAAUCAGCCUAGACUCAGCCGAGGUGACGGCCCAAUUGCGCUGGUCCUGGCACCUACUAGGGAGCUCGCUCAACAGAUUCAACAAGUUGCUGCUGACUUCGGUGUCUCGUCUCAGGUGAGGAAUACUUGUAUCUUCGGUGGAGCUCCGAAGGGACCCCAGGCCAGAGAUCUUGAACGAGGCGUUGAGAUCUGCAUCGCAACUCCUGGCCGUCUCAUUGAUUUCCUCGAGCGAAGUACCACGAACCUACGAAGAUGCACUUACCUGGUCCUUGAUGAGGCCGACAGAAUGCUGGACAUGGGUUUCGAGCCUCAGAUACGCAAGAUCGUUGAGCAAAUCAGACCCGACAGACAGACCCUCAUGUGGUCAGCAACUUGGCCAAAGGAAGUGAGAAAUCUUGCUGAAGAGUUCCUGACCAACUACAUUCAGAUCAAUGUGGGCUCACUACAGCUGGCCGCCAAUCACAAUAUCUUACAGAUUGUUGACGUUUGUGAGGAGUAUGAGAAGGAGGGAAAGUUAAUGAAACUCUUGGAGGAGAUAUCCAAUGAACCAGAGAACAAAACUAUUAUUUUUGUGGAGACUAAAAGGAAGGUCGAUGAUAUCACAAGGGCUAUCAAUCGUUAUGGCUGGCAGGCUAUUGGUAUUCACGGAGAUAAGAGCCAGCAGGAGAGGGACUACGUCCUUAAUCAAUUUCGAAGUAGCAGAUCUGCCAUUUUAGUAGCAACAGAUGUAGCUGCACGUGGGUUAGAUGUGGAGGAUGUCAAGUUUGUGAUUAAUCUGGACUAUCCAUCCAACUCUGAGGACUACGUACAUCGAAUUGGACGUACGGGACGUUCACAACGUACUGGAACAGCUUAUGCAUUUUUCACGCCUGGUAAUGCACAUAAAGCCAAUGAUUUGAUUCAAGUACUAGAGGAGGCCAAACAGGUGGUUAAUCCAAAGCUUUAUGAACUGUCGAGGAAUCCAGGUGUUUUCAAAAGGGGUCGCUUUGGAGGGAGAAAUAAUGGAAGUGGUCCCAGAAGCAAUACUGGACGUGGUGGUGGCGGGGGACGUGGUGGGGGAUCUCGAGGGGGGCGCGACUCUGGUGAUCGAGGACGAUACGAUCGUCCGGGUGGAAAUGACAGAGGCAAGUGGGGAAGCAAUAACGGUGCCGGUGGGGGUAUGGGUGGAAACAAUUACAGUAAACCGUUCUCCCAGAACAAUUUUGGGGGCAACAAUCCAAACAACAGCUACAAUCAAAAUGGAAAUUCCUACGGCAAUAGCGGAUCAUACAAUCGAAAUGGUUAUUGACCCACCAGGAUGUGAAUGCUCCGGACUAACUGAGUAAUAAUCCACCAACCAUAACCCUGACACCUAGAGCAUGGAUGGAAGGAGCAUAAAGAAAAAGAGAAAAUGAUGACAAUGCAUAACAGUGCAUAGAGCUAAAUACUGGAGAGAGAAUAUUUUUAAAUGUACGUUUGCUGUAUCAAUCACAAGGCAGCAGAAUGAUUCAAGGUGCAUCAUAAGUACAUCACCCUGACGGCACACGAGUGACUGAGUCGAAAAUUUCAAAUUAAUAUGUCAAAUGAAUGUACACAUUUUCAUUAACUACUGCUGACACAGAUGUUCGCAUAUUAAUAAAGAAUCAUAAAUAUCUGAAUUGGGUAUUAAAAAUUUAGAACUAUUGUGAAAAAUAUGAGUGAAUGGAAAACCUAGAGAAAAUUGAUUAAAACAAUCUUAGAGAAUGUAGCAUUAAUAUUAAAAAAUGCUUGAUAAAAUAAACGAAAAUUAUAAUAUA